AUGCAGCCCACCCACCCCACUGCGGCCCACUCACCCCACUGCGGCCCACCCACCCACUGCGGCCCACCCACCCACUGUGGCCCACCCACCCCACUGCGGCCCACCCACCCCACUGUGGCCCACCCACCCACUGCGGCCCACCCACCCACUGUGGCCCACCCACCCCACUGCGGCCCACCCACCCACUGUGGCCCACCCACCCCACUGCGGCCCACCCACCCUCUGCGGCCCACCCACCCCAUGCAGCCCACCCACCCCACUGCGGCCCACCCACCCCACUGCGGCCCACCCACCCCACUGCAGCUCAUCCACCCACUGCAGCCCACCCACCCCAUUGCGGCCUACCCACCCACUGCGGCCCACCCACCCCACUGCGGCCCACCCACCCCACUGCGGCCCACCCAUCCCACUGCGGCCCACCCACCCCACUGUGGCCCACCCACCCCACUGCAGCCCACUCACCCCACUGCGGCCCACCCACCCCACUGCGGCCCACCCACCCGACUGCAGCCCACCCACCCGACUGCAGCCCACCCACCCCACUGCAGCCCACCCAUCCCACUGCAGCUCAUCCACCCACUGCGGCCCACCCACCCCACUGCGGCCCACCCAUCCCACUGCGGCCCACCCACCCCACUGUGGCCCACCCACCCCACUGCAGCCCACUCACCCCACUGCGGCCCACCCCCCCCCACUGCGGCCCACUCACGCCAAUGCAGCCCACCCACCCGACUGCAGCCCACCCACCCCACUGCAGCCCACCCAUCCCACUGCAGCUCAUCCACCCACUGCAGCCCACCCACCCCACUGCAGCCCACCCCCCCCACUGUGGCCCACCCACCCACUGUGGCCCACCCACCCCACUGCGGCCCACCCACCCACUGCAGCCCACCCAUCCCACUGCAGCUCAUCCACCCACUGCGGCCCACCCACCCCACUGCGGCCCACCCACCCACUGCGGCCCACCCACCCCACUGCAGCCCACCCAUCCCACUGCAGCUCAUCCACCCACUGCAGCCCACCCACCCCACUGCAGCCCACCCCCCCCACUGUGGCCCAUACCUGCUAGAAUACUAG